GCUAAACCACAAAGAGAGAGAGAGAGAGAGAAUAUGAAGAUCCAGUGCGACGUUUGUGAAAAGGAAGAGGCGUCCAUUUUCUGCACCGCCGACGAGGCAGCGCUCUGCGAAGCCUGCAACCACCACGUCCAUGACGCCAACAAGCUCGCCGGUAAACACCUCCGUUUCCCCCUCCUCCGCCCUUCCCUCAAACAAUACCCCCACUGCGACAUCUGUCAGGAACGGCGUGCAUUUGUGUUCUGUAAGGAAGACAGGGCAAUCCUGUGCAGGGAAUGCGACUCGCAAAUACACAGAGCGAACCAACAUACUCAAAAACACAGCAGGUUUCUUCUCACGGGAGUAAUGUUGUCUACAACCGCCGCCUCGUAUCAAUCCUGCAGCUCCUCCCCCAGCGCCUCCGCGUCGAAUGUUGUCGGCUACGACGCAAAUCAUCAUCAUCGUACGCCGGAGAUCAAUAGCUCUCCGGCUUCUGGUCGGCCAAAUUCGAACAUGACAGCUUCCGAACCUACGACGAGUCGAGAGGGUUCCCUUUCCGCUACUAGUAGCAUAUCGGAGUACUUGACUCAGACCCUUCCCGGAUGGCACGUCGAGGAUUUUCUUGACCCUCUGUCUUCUACGUAUGGUUUCUGUACGUAAGAGCAUUUUCAGUUUUCAGUUGUAUAUUCAAUUCUGCAAUUAAUUGCAGUGUUGCUAUAAAAUUGGGAAUGGGAAGAUCACUUCAA